AUGUCGGGCCAAGGCACGCAGUGGCCCAGUGCGCUGACACAUGCAUCUUCACCUGGAUCGGUUGCCCAGUGGACGAGCGCGCCUACAUCCCCCUUCUACACGCCGGCUGCUUCAUGGGACCAAAACCAGCUCAUGCAUGCAUUCAACACCAUGCAGCUGGCACCACCAUCUUCCGAGUGGUAUAUGGACUCCAGGGCGUCCACUCACAUGACAUCGGAUCAUGAUCCUUCUUUAUUCAUAUACCGGCAUGGCAACAACACCGUCUACUUCCUGCUGUACGUUGACGACAUUGUGCUCAUUGCAUCAUCUCUGACUCUUCUACGACAAGUGAUUAGUUCGCUUGACCAUGAAUUUUCACUAAAGGACCUCAGCGACUUGUAUUUCUUCCUUGGCGUCUCCGUCCAGCGCACCGCCUUCGGCUUCUUCCUCUUGCAGCGCCAGUACAUCGAGGACAUCCUCGCUCAUGCCAGCAUGACUAACUGCAACCCCUACAGUACCCUAGUCGACACCAGCGCCAAGUUUCCUACGAUCGGCAACCCAGUGGCUAAUUCCACUGAUUAUAGGAGCAUCAUCGGUGCCCUCCAGUACCUGACGUUCACUCGUUCGGACAUCGCGUAUGCCAUUCAGCAAGCGUGCCUUCACAUGCACGACCCGCGGGAGCCUCAUGCCAAUCUUCUGAAACGCAUCCUUCGCUACCUCAAGGACACCAUCGACCACGGCUUACAACUCCAUCGGACUUCACCAACUUCACUCACUGCCUACAUAGACGCUAAUUGGGCCAGGCGUCCUGACACCCGCAAGUCCACUUCAGGAUAUGGUGUUUUCCUCGGUGAUAACCUUAUUUCAUGGUUGUCCAAGCGGCAACAGACGGUCUCUCGCUCCAGCGCCGAGGCAGAGUAUCGUGUUGUUGCCAACGCCGUCGCUGAGUCCUGCUAG